AUGUACCCUCCUGCUAAAAGAGCUAAAACAAUUAACUAUUCUCACUGUGUAUCUAUUUACCUCAGUAAGCAUAUCGACUCAGACAUCACUGAAUUUAUUACAGAUGCAGUCAAAGAAAAACUUACAUCAUGGUACAUACCUAACAACAAGACGCACGUACUCCAACUUGUCUGUAACAAUCAUGAAGAUUAUGUAUCAACCUUGGGAAUUUUAAACUCACAAUCAACAAGAGACUCCAGUCCAUUCAAAUACGUUGUGACUCCUAUGAAUUUCUCACCAGCUGAACACACUCCUCAAUAUCAUACUUCAUCAUAUGACGAGAUGAUGAAGUAUACUACACAUUAUCAAAAAUUUUUGGAAAAGAACUAA